UAGACUACUAAUCUGUGGUAAUUUUGUUUUUGAGAUUUUUUGUUUUUGAAUGCAUAUAAUUAUUUACCUACACGAUUUCAAUUAAUUCUUAAAUGAAGUCCAUACCACAUAAAUAAUAACAAAUAAAUCUUAAAGAAUAUUCAUAUCUCUUCCUAAUGAAUGCAGUUAUUUGCAAAUACUUUAUUUAAUACUUAGUAAAAAACCUUAUAUUAAAUUACUUAAUAGAUGGCGUUUCCCCAGCCUAAUGCUCAACGAGAACUGACAAAUAGAAAGAUUUUAGAAGAGUUGCAACUGAAAAAGCAAAUGCUAUUGAAACAAGGUGCUGUAGCCCCUCUGACUGCCACAUCCAUAUCGCUCACCCAACCGAACCCUGUGAGCCAGUUGCCCAUGUGCUCUAUACCACCAGUCUCAGCCACAGCUGGUUUUCCACAAUUACCUGAAGCAAACAUAGUAAACACAAGUCAUCGAGCAGCACUGCAGCACGCUAAUGCUACAUCUUGUGGCUACUUUGUCUCGCAAGACUCAUCUUUUGGAAAUCAAAUUUUACCAGUACUGCCUAGAUUUGAUAGCAAGUAA